UCGGUCCUGUCUCAUUUCCCUCGAUAACUCGGCGCAGAUGGCGGUGGAUCUGAAAUUGUCGUUUACUGUGGUCACCAUAGCGACUGCAGUCUUGGUGUCCAGCCCUCAGCCGGCAGCUCUGGCCGUGCCGUCGGACUCUGGGCCCCUGGAACGAUUUGAUUAUGAGACUCGGUAUUUCCGGCAGAAGAUUGAUCACUUUGGAUUUGCUGACAAUGCUACAUUCAACCAAAGAUACUUGAUAGCAUCUAAAUAUUGGAAUCACAAUGGUGGUCCCAUUCUUUUCUACACAGGAAAUGAGGGAGACAUCACAUGGUUCUGUAACAAUACGGGUUUUAUGUGGGAAGUUUCAAAGGAACUGGAAGCCAUGUUGGUGUUUGCCGAACAUCGGUAUUAUGGAGAGUCUUUGCCUUUUGGGAACAAAUCGUUCAGCAAUCUCAAGAACUUGAAUUACUUCACUUCUGAGCAAGCUUUAGCCGAUUUUGCAGUUCUCAUUCGGAAUCUGAAACAGACCAUCCCUGGAGCUCAUUAUAGUCCUGUUAUUGCUAUAGGUGGCUCCUAUGGAGGAAUGUUAGCAGCCUGGUUUAGGAUGAAGUAUCCAAACAUUGUUGUUGGAGCUCUUGCUGCUUCUGCACCAAUAUGGCUGUUUGAGAAUUUGUCACCAUGUGAAGGCUUUUAUAAUAUUGUGACCAAUGACUUCUUGAAGAGUGGAAAAGGCUGCUCUGAAAGCAUCAAGAAAUCUUGGGAUGCAGUUAAUAAACUGUCAUCCACAGCGGAAGGUUUAAAUUUUCUUUCCCAUACCUUCCAUCUCUGUUCACCAUUACAAGCUACAGAUGUGAUAUUCUUCAAAUCAUGGCUCAGCAAUACUUGGGUUAAUCUGGCUAUGGUGGACUACCCAUACGAGGCCAAUUUUUUACAGCCUCUUCCUGCUUGGCCUAUUAAGGUUAUUUGUACCUUUCUUCAGAACCCCUCACUACCAGCAGAAUCCCUGCUGCAAAACAUCUUUAAGGCUGUGAAUAUAUAUUAUAACUACACUGGCAAUGUAGCAUGCCUGAAUAUAUCACAGACUGCAACGUCCAGUCUUGAUGAUCAAGGCUGGGAUUACCAGACUUGUACAGAAAUGGUGAUGCCUUCGUGUUCAGAUGGCAUCAAUGACAUGUUUGAACCAAUGCCGUGGGACCUCCAAUCAUUCUCUGAUAACUGCGAGAAAGGCUGGGGAUUACGUCCUAGACCUCAGUGGAUAACUACAGUCUAUGGUGGGAAAAAUAUCAGCUCACACAGCAAUAUUGUCUUCAGCAAUGGUGGUUUGGAUCCCUGGGCAAGUGGAGGUGUGACUAAAUCUAUCUCUGAUACGUUGAUUGCCAUACUUAUUCCUGAGGGAGCUCAUCAUUUAGAUCUGCGCUCUAGCAACAAAGAGGACCCUGUGUCUGUUCAGAAAGCACGAGCUCUGGAAGUUAAAUACUUUAAAAAGUGGAUUGAGCAGGCAAAAAUCUAAACCAGUGCUAUCGUAAAAUGAAAGAUGCUCAACUCUUACUCAUUGAGCUAUGUUCUAUAUGGGAUGUAGUUCCUGAAUGCUACUGAUUCUUGACUUGAUUUAGCUGUACGGUCCUUUCACAAUACAGUAUGUUCAAUGGAUGCCUUCAUAUUGCCUAGAAAAUAAAUUUUACAUUUUGUGCAUGACAAAGUUUAUACUUGCUGAUGUGAGUUGAAUAGAAUUUUUUUUACCAAAUGAAUCUUAUUUUGUAAUCCAAAUCACGCCCUGUUAAUCUGUUAUGCACACAAAUUAGAAUGUUUCAUGACUUUGAUUAUUAACUCAUAUUGUACUGUGUUCAAUUACAUCCUUAAAUUGUGGUUUGCAGGUCAGACCUUUCUGGUUCAAAUAAAAGUUGUUGUUCAGUGGAUUUGUGAAUAAUUCCAUAACUUUGUACAAGAGGAAAUGGUACAAGUUUCAUAACUCCAUGUUUCCCAAUUGAAGAGCAAUUGAAGAGCUCGUAAUUGAAACUAUAUACUUUGGUUUUUCAUUAUUAUGUUCCUUUAACAUUAUUCAUGUAUAUCUUUUUGAUGUUACAUUUAUUCAAUAUUUGAAAUGUCUUAAGGUUUAGAUUGUUAUCAUGCUUUCUUCAAAUAAAUCACAAGGUGGGAAAAUCA